AUGACUGUGGAGAAGAUGGCUCCAGGUACCUCUACAGUAGGGGGUAGGACUGUGGAGAAGAUGGCUCCAGGUACCUCUACAGUAGGGGGUAGGACUGUGGAGAAGAUGGCUCCAGGUACCUCUACAGUAGGGGGUAGGACUGUGGAGAAGAUGGCUCCAGGGACCUCUACAGUAGGGAGUAGGACUGUGGAGAAGAUGGCUCCAGGGACCUCUACAGUAGGGGGUAGGACUGUGGAGAAGAUGGCUCCAGGUACCUCUACAGUAGGGGGUAGGACUGUGGAGAAGAUGGCUCCAGGUACCUCUACAGUAGGGAGUAGGACUGUGGAGAAGAUGGCUCCAGGUACCUCUACAGUAGGGGGUAGGACUGUGGAGAAGAUGGCUCCAGGUACCUCUACAGUAGGGGGUAGGACUGUGGAGAAGAUGGCUCCAGGUACCUCAACAGUAGGGAGUAGGACUGUGGAGAAGAUGGCUCCAGGUACCUCAACAGUAGGGAGUAGGACUGUGGAGAAGAUGGCUCCAGGGACCUCUACAGUAGGGGGUAGGACUGUGGAGAAGAUGGCUCCAGGUACCUCUACAGUAGGGGGUAGGACUGUGGAGAAGAUGGCUCCAGGUACCUCUACAGUAGGGGGUAGGACUGUGGAGAAGAUGGCUCCAGGUACCUCUACAGUAGGGGGUAGGACUGUGGAGAAGAUGGCUCCAGGUACCUCUACAGUAGGGGGUAGGACUGUGGAGAAGAUGGCUCCAGGUACCUCUACAGUAGGGGGUAGGACUGUGGAGAAGAUGGCUCCAGGUACCUCUACAGUAGGGGGUAGGACUGUGGAGAAGAUGGCUCCAGGUAUCUCAACAGUAGGGGGUAGGACUGUGGAGAAGAUGGCUCUAGGUAUCUCAACAGUAGGGGGUAGGACUGUGGAGAAGAUGGCUCCAGGUACCUCAACAGUAGGGGGUAGGACUGUGGAGAAGAUGGCUCCAGGUACCUCAACAGUAGGGGGUAGGACUGUGGAGAAGAUGGCUCCAGGUACCUCAACAGUAGGGGGUAGGACUGUGGAGAAGAUGGCUCCAGGUACCUCAACAGUAGGUAUGCUUUAG